ACACCAUUUCUUUCUAAGUUUCCAUUUCUUCGUAUUUUGCUGUUUUCUCUCUGCCCUUUGGAUCCGUUUCUUCUUUCUUCUUCUUCUUCUUCUUCUUCUGUUUUUGUUUUUUCAAUAAUUAGAAAAAAAAAGAGAUAGAGAAAACCCCGCCAAAUUUUUUUUGUAGGGAUUUCCGGCGGCGAAAAUGGAAGCUCACGGUGCCGGGCUUCAGCGAGUGUUAGUGCUGGCCUUUUGCGUUGCCGGAAUCUGGUCGGCCUACAUUUACCAAGGAGUUCUCCAAGAAACUCUAUCAACAAAGCGAUUUGGUCCAGAUGGGAAGAGGUUUGAGCAUCUGGCAUUCCUAAAUCUGGCGCAAAAUGUUAUCUGCUUAGUUUGGUCUUAUAUAAUGAUAAAGCUUUGGUCCAGAAGCAGUGCUGGUGGCGCUCCCUGGUGGACAUACUGGAGCGCAGGCAUUACAAAUACAAUUGGCCCUGCCAUGGGGAUCGAAGCUUUAAAAUAUAUUAGUUACCCUGCUCAGGUCCUUGCAAAAUCCUCAAAAAUGAUUCCAGUCAUGCUGAUGGGCACUUUAGUUUAUGGUAUCAGAUACACCUUUCCGGAGUAUGCGUGCACAUUUCUUGUUGCUGGUGGGGUAUCUACUUUUGCUCUAUUAAAGACUAGCUCAAAGACCAUUAGCAAGCUGGCACAUCCAAAUGCACCCCUUGGAUAUGGCCUUUGCUUUUUAAACCUUGCAUUUGAUGGAUUUACAAAUGCAACCCAGGAUUCACUAACUGCGAGAUAUCCAAAGACAACUGCCUGGGACAUAAUGCUGGGAAUGAAUUUAUGGGGUACUAUAUACAAUAUGCUCUAUAUGUUUGGGUGGCCGCAGGGGAUUGGAUUUGAGGCAGUUCAAUUCUGUAAGCAGCACCCUGAGGCAGCUUGGGACAUUUUUCUCUAUUGCCUCUGCGGUGCAGUGGGGCAGAAUUUCAUAUUUUUAACCAUAAGUCGAUUUGGCUCUCUUGCUAACACCACCAUCACUACAACCCGCAAGUUUGUCAGCAUUGUGGUGUCUUCAGUGUUGAGCGGCAAUCCCUUGUCAACGAAACAAUGGGGCUGUGUGGUCAUGGUCUUCUCAGGGUUGUCAUACCAAAUCUACAUUAAGUGGAAGAAGCUGCAGAAACUGCAGAAGAAGAGAAAGGCUGCAUGAAGAGGGAUUGGAUUAUAACAAUUUUGAACUUUAUAUUCAUAUUUUCUUCCUCUUUUUAAUCUUUUUAUAUGAUCAUUGUAGCCACUAGCCAGAAGGUACAGUGGUUUCAAAUUUAGAGAACAGGUAGGAAAUGGUAAAUGUAAUCUAAAUUCAAAACAGAUACUGUAUUGAAAUAGCGGGUUCAUACAUCAUCUGUGCGAUGGUUUAGAAAUAAGGAGUAAACGAAUUUUUGGGUUCUAGU